AUGGUACACCCACUCUUUGAAAGAAUACGGAACGAGGCAGAAAUAGACUUGAAGGAAGGCCUUCAGAUAAAGCCAUCCAAGAAAAGUGGCCUCAGUAGCUAUAACGACUCUAGGGGAAUCACAUUGACCACCAACCAGUAUCACCAGGCAGGCAUUGAGGAGGAAUCCUUAAGGAAAGCGCAAUACAGGUCGAACAAAAACACCACGCAAAGGAGGCUUGAAAUGGAAUCAGCAAAUUGGGUUACAGUUAACGUUAGGUUGAGAAGAUGGCACAGGACAGAGGACUUUUGGUUGGCGGCCCACACCCCAAGAGAACAGAGAUCUGGGGAUGAUGAUGAUUGUACACUUGAAUUCAGAGACAAGAAAAUAAAUCUUUUUAUUAAAUCUCCUUUCAUUAAGGACUAUAUCAACAUGACAGAACCAUUGAAGCCAUCUAUUACCAUUCCCGGAUCCUACUACUUUGAUUACACUUAUCCCGUACCCGCCUCUUUGUUAAUCAGAGGAAACAACACAUUCUUCAUGUCCAUCUACCAAUCGGUCUCAAAUGGUCAAACAUUUGUCAACAGUAGCACUGUGUGGAUUUUACUAAAUCAGUCGUAUUCAGCGAUUUAUGUUUAUCCCUAUAAGUCCUCAGUUGAAUAUGACGCUACUUUGAACGCAAGUCUAACUAUAAUUUGCUCAGCCUAUCCUAUCCCUGCGCCAAGAAUCUCAUUGACCAGAAGGAGCAGCGGACUUGUACUCAACUCGACGGAGAACUCCAGACUGUUGACCUUCACCUUGACGUCGUUUAACUGCCUUGACACGGACGAGUACGUCUGCCUGGUCGACAACGGGUUGCCGGAUGUCCCAAACGCAACCAGUUCGAUUGGGAUCUACGGAAGUUCAUGCGGUGUUCAGCUACAAGACCAACAGGCGAAUCAGCAAAAGAUUCAAGUCAAGCCCGGAAGUGACGUCCUUGUAUCCAUCCAGGUGAUAUCACGUGACAACCCCAACAACCCUCUCCUUACACGGUACGUGGGCGGAAACGUGUUCUCAGUACCCGAAGCAUUCUACAGCACUCAGUACAUCUUGACCAGCAAGUACUACGGCAAACUGAAUCUUGCUCUCUAUCACGUGACCGAAGACGAGCUGUCUGAUUACACAGUUAGCAUUAAUGAUAAUAUCCUGUACAAUUUUACUCUUGCAGAUGAGUCUUCCAUCAACUACCAAAAUCUUGCUAUUGGUGUAGGGGUCGCUGCCAUAGGGGUUAUCUGUGUGACCAUCGUGGUCGCACUUGUCUGUUACUACAGGAAUGUGAGGUCGUCAAGGCUCCGCUCUGAGGACACCAGGCUCACAGUCUAUGACGUCAGGGAGACCAGUACUAACUACAAGGAGGACUACCUGGAGCCCACAGUAAAUCGAUCUACCACAAAUUCAGAUUAUGGUGAUGAUUCAGUCUAUACCGACAACAACGGCUUACAUAAAUUCGGGGACCAGGAAUCUAAACCACGCCAGAACGUUUACCACCACUCACCUAACAGAAUGGACACCAGCUCGGGGGUUGUUGAGCCGGGGGAGAUGUACGGGAAUGUGCUGACCCCCGGGGACACCUCUCCAGUCAACGACACCGACCAGCCUCUCUACAGCAACAUGUGA